CCAUUCGGGUUUAUCGCGAAUGGUUACUACAUUUUCAAAGUUUCUGAGUAGUGUACAAGAUGGGUGGGCUAAAAAUUGCUAUAUCUACCUAUAUAUUAUUAGUCUCAGCUUGUUAUGCAAAUGGUAUACCUAGAGUUGAUCCAUUGGUAGAUACGGAGUUAGGCCUGAUCAGGGGUCUUACAUCUGACGAUGGCAGUUAUUCAAUGUUUUUGGGCAUCCCUUAUGCAACAGUUAACGUGUCAAAUCCAUUUGGGCCCUCCAUCCCACAUCCUAGUUUCGAUAACACAUUUGAUGCUUUUGAUGACUCCGCCAUAUGUCCUCAAAUUAAUGAAUUCACCAACGAAGUGACUGGCACUCUGGAUUGUCUGCAUCUGAACGUCUACGUGCCAACUACUGCAAGCUCCAAUAACCGCCGUCCAGUAAUGGUCUGGAUAUAUGGCGGUGGGUUUUCGAUUGGCUUUGCUGGUAGAUACGUCCACGGUCCAAGCUAUUUAGUCAGACAUGACGUCAUAUUAGUGACUCUUAACUAUCGAAUUGGGCCUUACGGUUUUAUGUGUCUGGGUACCCCUGAUGUACCAGGAAAUCAAGGCUUAAAAGAUCAGCUGAUGGCCCUACGAUGGGUUAAAAACAACAUAGCAGCGUUUGGUGGUGACAUUGAUAAAAUUACUAUAUUCGGAGAGAGCGCUGGCAGUGUUUCUGUUGAUUUCCAUUUCUUAUAUACACAGGAAAAUCUGUUUAAUCAAAUUAUCCUACAGAGCGGUACUGCAUUAUCACCCUUUGCAGUAACGGAACCAAAUCGAGAGGUCCCAUUGAUAUUGGCUCAACAACUUGGUUUUCUUACAAGCGAUUUGAAUGAAGCUUUAACAUUUUUGACAACUAUAGAUACAGAUCUCGUUAUAGCAGCUAAUAAUCAAUUACAACUGGAGCAUGGGCCCUGUGUAGAGGAGGAGUUUGAAAAUGUCGAACGUUUCAUAUCAGAUCACCCUGUAAAUAUGAAGUUGGGAAAUGGUGUCAACAUACCAAUAUUGAUAGGAUAUGUUGAACAAGAACUACUUACCUUGUAUGUUAAUCUUCCACCAGAAUCCUACGCGUCUCUUAAUAUAUUUGAGGAAUCUCUAAGUCCAGUAUUUAAUUUUGAUAUUGAAUAUUUUGAUAGCAUGGUUAAGAAUGUUCGUCAAUUUUAUAUAGGCGAUGAAGAAUUAAGUGAAGAUUUAAAAUGGGAUUUGAUAGACUUUCAUUCAGAUAUUACAUUUAACUAUCCAACAUAUAGAGCGAUACAGAAGUACAGUUCAAGCGGUAUCAGCAAUGUAUAUUGCUACUUGUUCGCGUAUAAUGGCGACAGGAACUUCGUCAAAAGGCGACUGAACAUAACCGAAGGCAGUGCCGCACACGCUGAUGAAAUCAGUUAUUUGUUUGAUGUGUCAUUCUUCGAUGAAGUUCCAACUCCCGAUGAUCAACUUAUUAUUGACCGUAUGACAACACUGUGGAGUAACUUUGCAAAAUAUGGCAACCCCACUCCAGAAGAAACAAGUUUAUUACCAAUUCAAUGGCCGCCUGUCACUGAAGAAUCACAAAGUUUUCUUAUAAUUAAUUCAGAUCUUGAAGUACAACAAAGACCGUUUCAUGACAGAAUGGCCUUCUGGGAUUUAUUCUACAGGUUAAACAAGAAUCAGGAGAAUGGAUAUCGUGAAGAUUAAACUCUACUAGGAAUGUCGAUCACGCGAAUAACUUUCUAAAAUCUAUAAUAUUACAUAGUACUCAGUUCUGGAAAAACUUGUCUCAUCGUAAACCUCUAUGCUCCCAAGCAACAUUGAGAUGAAGACCGAGACCAAUAAUAUUUAUAAAUAAAAAUCAUUUAAACUACAUUUUAUUUUGUUAGAUUAGGUGUGAAAGUUGACAGACAGUUUUUUGCAUUACUAUAUUG